GUCAUACCGGCCGCUGACGAUGGUGUUUUGGGAGGGGGUGGUAUGGCGACCGUUGAGGUGGCAGAGGCUGGAGCCGCCGGGAGGAGCCGCUGAGCCGGGUUGUGUCAGGGGGAUGCCGCUGUCGGAGGGGUCGCUGAGACCGGUCUGCUGAGUCCGUAGCACGAGCCUUGACUCUCCUCAGCGAGGAGAAGGGAGGCAGCAGCUGUCCCUUCGGCCGCGGGAGCCGGCUGCCAGCUGCGGGGGCCGCCCGGCGCGGGGCUGAGUGAGGCUCGGAGCCCUCUGAGCGGCGGCGAUGGCGUCGUGGUUGGGCGGUCUGGGCUCGGGGCUGGGUCAGUCCCUGGGGCAGGUGGGGGGCAGCCUGUCUUCGCUCACCGGCCAGAUCUCCAGCUUCACCAAGGACAUACUGCUGGAGGGCGCGGAGGAAGUGGGCGAUGCAGCAACAGAACUCCAUGUGUCCAAUUCUAGACUGAGAGAAAUAGAAAGUAUUAAUGCAGCACAAAAGUUUGAAAAUGAGAGACUGAAAAAAGUUUGUGGUGAUUUAGAAGAAAAGCAUGAAGCAGCAGAGCUUCAGAUAAAGCAGUUAUCUAUAGAGUACCGAAAUCAACUUCAGCAGAAAGAGGUGGAAAUAAGCCAUCUAAAAGCUAGACAGAAUGCACUACAGGAACAACUGCAGAAAGUACAGACAGCUGCUCAGUCAGCACAGUUAGGAGCUGGUGGUGUGCCACCAGCCGCUACAUCAGCCUCCUAUGUUCCGGUUGUCAGACAUUCCUCAGGUUUUGAAGGAGAUGACAUGGAUUUUGGAGAUAUAAUCUGGUCACAACAAGAAAUAAACAGGUUGUCCAAUGAAGUUUCUAGGCUUGAAUCUGAGGUAGACCACUGGAAGCAGAUUGCACUGUCUUCCAAAGUGCAAGGGACAAACGAUGCUGAACAAAGUGAAAUAUGCAAACUGCAAAAUAUUGUUAAGGAGCUCAAACAGAAUUUAAGUCAAGGAAUAGAUGAACAUCAACAUGAACUUUCAGUAUUGCAGGAUGCACACAGACAAAAACUAGUAGAGAUAAGUCGUCGACACCGAGAAGAGCUGAGUGAAUACGAAGAGCGAAUUGAAGAACUUGAGAAUCAGUUACAGCAAGAUGGUGUUGGUGCUGAUGCCAUGAAUGACUCUAAAUCUAGUGAACAGAGAAAAAAAGCUCCGAGUCUAGAAGGAGGAAAAGUAGAAGAACUGCAGGUUGUAAAGGACCUAGAGGAUGAAAUAAGAAAAUUAAAUCACAAAUUGUCUUCUGCCAAAGAAGAAAACAAAAUUCUUCUGAAAGAGCAAGAGUUGGCAAAGGUAGAAAAAAUCCAAAUAACGCAAGAAUAUGAAAAUCUUAAAUCUGACUUAAGUAUGCUUCAAAGUUCUGUUGCAGAGCAAGAUGCUCUCCUGAAAGAACAGGAGAAGAAGCUCCAGUCAAAGACACCGCUACUAGAAGAUGUUGUCAGACUACAGCAAGCACUGUUAGAAGCAGAAAAUGAAAUAGCAAGACUUUCAAGUUUAAAUCAGGAGAGACUCGAGAAGGAAUUGACCAGUGCACAACAUGAAAAUGAGAAUGUUCUUUCUGCGUAUACUGAGGAUCAGAAUUCAGAAUUAAGUCAGUUAAGACAAGAUUUGGAAAGGAAAGAACGUGAAUUAAAUGAAAGUAUUGCUGAAAGAGAAACAUUAAUAGCAGAGUUGGAAGAACUAGACAAGCAGAAUCAAGAAGCUACUCAGCAUAUGAUUACACUGAAACAGCAGCUGUCAAAACAACACACAGAAACUGAUAGUGUCAUUAAGCAGCUGAAAUUUGACAUAGAUUUUGAAAGAAAGAAAGUAUCAGAAUUAGAAAAUGAGAAGAUGGAAGCUAUUAAGGAGUUAGAUAGUCAGAAAGAAAAACUAAGCCAAUGUUCAUAUGCACUUAAUGAUUUGCAUAUAAGUAAGCGGCAGCUUCAAGAUAAUAUUAAAGAUCUUCAGGAACAAUUAAGGAAAGCCCAGGAUUGUAAUUUGCAUAAUAAAAAAGAAAUGGGAGAAUUGCAACAGAAACUAAAAGAAAGAGAGGAGGAACUUUCUGUAUCCUUGGGCAAGUUAACAGAAAAAAGUAAUCAGGAACCUAACUAUACUUGUCAAGAUCUGAAAGAAAGAGAAGUAGAAAUUGCCAAACUACAGAAUGACAUUUCAGAAAAUAAACAACUAAAGGAAGACUUAGAGAAAUCCCUGUCUGAUCUCAGAACAGAAAAUGGAAAGCUAAUAGCAGCCAUUGAAGAACUAAAACAGGAGUUAAGUGAUGCCAUUUCUGAGAAAAAUAAGGUUUGCUUGGAAAAAGACACUGUUGUAGAGGCUUUGAAAAUGGAAAAAAGACAGUUAGAGAGCGAAUUAAACCAGACAGAAGAGAGGCUUAUGGAACAAGCACAUAAGUAUAAGCAAACUAUUGAGGAAUUAUCAAAUGCACGUAGUAUGGACACAACUGCGUUGCAGCUUGAACAUGAGCGCCUAGUUAAACUCAAUCAAGAGAAAGACUUCAAGAUUGAUGAACUUAAAAGGAACAUUGAGCAGAUGGAAAAUGACCAUCAAGAAACAAAAGAGAUGUUGACUACUAGUUUAGGAGGACAAAAGCAGUUGACAGAACUCAUAAAAGAAAAAGAGGUAUUUAUUGAAAAAUUUAAAAAUCAAGCCUUACAGGUGAAGCAGGAACUUGAAGAAUAUAUGAAAGUUUCAAAAAAGCAGGAUGUCUUAAAACAGAACUUGGAGGAAAAAGACAGAAGUCUUGCAGUCAUGAAGGAAGAAAAUAAUCAUUUGAAAGAAGAAAUUGAACGCCUUAAGGAUCAGCAAAAUAGAUCUACGCCUGUGGUUGAGCCUAAAACUCUAGAUAUUAUUAUUGAACUUGAAAGUGAGGUAACACAGUUAAAAGUGAUAAAGAAUAAUCUUGAAGAAGAAAUAGAAGUCCACAAAAAAACAAUAGAAGAUCUGAAUCUAACAACAGUGCAACUUCAGCAGUCUUUACAGGAGCAAAGAAAGGAAAUAGAUGAGUCUAAAUUUCAGUGUGAGCAGAUGAAUGUCACACAUGAAAGACUUUCUUUAGAGAAAGAUGAGGAAAUUAAAAAUUUGCAGAAAACAAUUGAACAGAUUAAAACUCAGUUGCACAAAGAGAGACAGAUUAUUCAGACUGAUUCUUCUGAUCUUUUUCAGGAAACCAAAGUUCAGACUCUUAAUGGAGAAAAUGGAAAUGAAAAACAUGACUUAUCUAAAGCUGAAAUUGAGAGACUGGUAAAAGGUAUCAAAGAAAGGGAGAUGGAGAUCAAGCUUCUAAAUGAAAAGAAUGUUUCUCUAAGUCAGCAAAUUGAUCAGUUGUCUAAGGAUGAAGUUGGCAAACUUACUCGGAUCAUUCAAGAGAAGGAUUUAGAAAUACAAGCUCUUAAUGCUAGAGUUUCCUCAGCUUCCUAUAGGCAGGAUGUUCUUUGUCUUCAGCAGCAGCUGCAAGCUUAUGUUAUGGAAAGAGAACAAGUACUAGCAGUUCUAAGUGAAAAGACAAGAGAAAACAGUCAGUUAAAAACAGAGUAUCGUAAUAUCAUGGAUAUGGUCGCCGCUAAAGAAGCGGCUUUGGUAAGGCUGCAAGAGGAGAAUCAAAAGUUAUCUAAUAGAUCAGAAAACAGCAGUCAAGAUAUGUCUAGAGAAACUAUACAGAAUUUAUCCCGUAUCAUUCGAGAAAAAGAUAUUGAAAUAGAUGCCCUAAGUCAAAAAUGCCAAACCUUAUUGACUGUCUUGCAGACAUCCAGUACAGGUACUGAGAACACGUCAGGAGGUGUUAACAGUAACCAGUUUGAGGAGCUUCUACAGGAGCGUGAUAAACUGAAACAGCAAGUAAAGAAGAUGGAAGAGUGGAAGCAACAAGUAAUAACCACGGUUCAGAACAUGCAGCACGAGUCAGCUCACCUCCAAGAAGAGUUACACAAGCUUCAAGCACAAAUUUCAGUUGAAAGUGAUAGUAAUUCAAAGUUGCAGGUAGAUUAUAAUGGCUUGAUUCAGAGUUACGAACAGAAUGAGAAAAAGCUGAAAAGUUUUAGUCAGGAAUUAGCACAAGUUCAACACAGCAUAGGACAGCUUCAUAACACCAAGGAUCUUCUUCUGAGUAAACUUGAUUUGGUUACACCAUCUGUGGCAACAGCUUCCUUCAUUUCACAGCUUUCAGGCAUUCAGUACAGUGCUCCUGAAGUACUCAGUGAUGAGUCUAAACUCCUUCAAAAGGAGUUGGAACAACUGGAAAAGAAGUUGGAGGAAAAAGAUUCAACUAUUAGGACUCUUCAGGAAAACAAUCAACAAUUAUCUGAUUCUGUGGCUACAGCAUCAGAGAUUGAAAGAAAGAGUCAAGAAGGGACUGAGUCAGAAGUAAGGCAGAUCAAAGAAAAACAUGAUGCCUUACAGAAAUCACUUAGGGAAAAAGACAUAUUAAUUAAAUCUAAAAGUGAUCAGUUACUUUCUGUGAGUGAAAAUCUUAGUAACAAAGAAAAUGAAAAUGAGCUUUUGAAGCAAGCUGUGACUAAUCUUAAAGAAAGAAAUUUAAUUUUAGAAAUGGAUAUUCGAAAACUGAAAGAAGAAAAUGAAAAAAUUGUUGCAAGUUGUAGGGAAAAAGAAACAGAAUUCCGAGCACUUCAGGAGACUAAUAUGCAAUUUUCAAUGAUGCUGAAAGAGAAGGAGUUUGAGUCUAACUCAAUGAAGGAAAAAGCUCUUGCUUUUGAGAAGCUGUUGAAAGAAAAAGAACAGGGCAAGACAGGAGAAUUGAAUCAACUAUUAAAUGAAGUAAAAUCAAUGCAGGAAAAGGCUGUUACUUUUCAGCAAGAGAGAGACCAAGUCAUGGUAGCACUGAAACAGAAGCAAAUGGAGAGCACUGCCCUGCAGAGUGAGAUACAGCAUUUACGUGAAAAAGAACAACGCCUAAAUCAGGAACUGGAGAGGUUACGUAAUCACCUUUUAGAAAUGGAAGACUCCUACACACGAGAAGCUUUAGCUGCAGAAGACAGAGAGGUCAAGCUAAGAAAGAAAGUUUUGGUUUUGGAAGAAAAACUCGUGUCCUCAUCUACUGCAGUGGAGAAUGCCAGUCAUCAAGCUAGUCUGCAAGUUGAAUCUUUGCAAGAGCAAUUAAACCUGGUUUCCAAGCAGAGAGAUGAAACUGUGCUACAGCUCACCAUCUCACAGGACCAAGUGAAGCAGUAUGCAUUGUCACUGGCCAACCUGCAGAUGGUACUAGAGCAAUUCCAACAGGAAGAAAAAGCUAUGUAUUCAGCAGAGCUGGAAAAACAACAAAAGCAGACUGCAGAAUGGAGAAGAAAAGCAGAAAACUUAGAAGAAAAAGUUGUAUCAUUGCAGGAAAGUUUAGGAGAGGCAAAUGCUGCCCUGGAUGCAGCAUCAAGGCUUACUGAGCAGCUUGACGUCAAAGAGGAGCAGAUUGAAGAGCUUAAGAAAGAAGGUGAGAUCAGAAGAGAAAUGUUAGAAGAUGUACAAAAUAAACUAAUGAAUCUUAUGAACAGCACAGAAGGAAAAGUGGACAAGCUCCUGAUGAGAAAUCUCUUUGUUGGACAUUUUCAUACUCCAAAAAAUAAACGCCCGGAAGUGUUAAGGUUAAUGGGAAGUAUCUUGGGAAUAAAAAAGGAAGAACUCGAUCAGUUGUUAUCUGAAGACCAAAGAGGAGUUACGAGAUGGGUGACUGGCUGGCUUGGUGGAGGAGCUGGUUCAAAAAGUGUUCCUAAUACCCCUUUGAGGCCAACUUAUCAGAACAUUUUUAAUAGUUCUUUUUCAGAACUGUUUGUGAAAUUCCUCGAAACAGAAUCUUGCCCAAGCCUUCCUCCACCCAAGCUCUCUGUUCAUGAUAUGAAGCCUUUAGGAGCAGCAGGAACUGGUAAAACGAGCAGUACUCCAUCCAACAGUCAAAUGCAAGAUUCUGCAGCUUCAGGAAUGGGCAGAAGACCAGCUACAAAUCCAUUUUUAGCACCUCGAUCUGCAGCAGUGCCUCUCAUAACACCUGCUAGUAGUUCUGGACAUCUGCUUAUGAAACCUAUUUCUGAUGCGUUGCCUACUUUUACACCACUGCCGGUGUCCCCUGAUGCUAGUGCUGGUGCUGUACUAAAAGACCUCCUAAAACAAUAGAUGAUCUUGAAUCAAUAUGAUGAUAGUAGCACUUUAAGGAAAAUGAGAACACUAUACUGUAUAUAAUUUACCACAAUGAGGCCUUCUGUAAAAAGUCAUGUACUUGUUUGCAAUUGUACCUUGCUUUUCUUUUAAUUACGAACUAACCAGUGCUUUGGAAAUUCUAAUGGUGGCAUGAAUAACUGCUGCCUUUAUAGCAGGCAUUCAUUUUGGCCGUGGGUUAAAUCUUAAACUGAGGUGAAAAAAAAAAAUCUAUCUUGCUAGAUUGUAACAAGACAAAUUGAAGGAUUUUUUAAACCUUAGUUAUACUCGGAGUUGUUUCAGUUAUGCAUAGACAUCAUUAACUCUUUGGUGCUGAGAUCUGGUUUUCCAUUAAAAUGAUCCACCAUUGGCAGCGGGCCUUCAAGAACCAGAAUUGAAAAACAAACCCACACAACUCCUCUCCAGCCAAAAUUGAUCAUCUUUGAGGUGUUCAAUAAACAAACUCCAAAUAGUAAGACAGUGAGCAUAUGGGAGUGUGAUUAUUGAGCAGCUGCAGUGUUCCCACGCAUAAUUUAUGACAUACAUUUAAUGUACAUUAGGAUGUGUAUCUUUUAUGUACAGGAUUGGUUGCAUUUGGAGGCAGUUUGAGGCAUGUUAAUCUCCUUUUGCGUAGUGAUUUGAUUUUAUUUUUUUUCCUCAGCCUAACAGCUGCUUUCAGCAGUCAAACACAUCAGCACCAAGGAGUUAACUGUGGAAGUGAGUGCUUCAUUUUCUAGAGGUGUCCAUGUGAUGAAGAGUGGGUAAUUUAGCAAAAGAUAGGUUCACAUAUAUAAGACAUUGUACUCUAAUGGUCUAAGAUGUAUAUUUGAGAGGCUUUUUAUCUUGCAGGAUUUUGUAAUUCUAAAUAUAGGCUUAAAGCUUGAACACAUGUAUAGAAUUUAAAGGGAAGAAGAUGCUUACUUAUCUCAAAUGUGUAAAUAAGUCUUUGUAAGACCAAAGCCGAAGUCAAUUAUUCUGUAAAUUUUGCUGUGAUAACUUGUACACUUUGAUUGGCAGGUAAAGAACGAAGUUGCAUACUGAAGGAUAAAAGUCAUGUUGCAAAAGUCAUCUUCAUAGUGAAUCUGAGAUAAAACAUCUUCACUUUAAAAUGUGGAAUUUCUAAACCUUUUUAUAUGCCAUUCUUUGUUUAGUCAGUGUUAUGAUAACUGUUGUGCAAGUUCUAUAUUAGAACUGUCAACCUUUACUUCUCAUUUUCAUUAAGAUACUGGAUUAAAUUGUUGUAAGAGUUAUAUUUAAAUAAAAUGAAUUACUGAAACUUGUACAGAAUCAACCACAAUAAUGCAAGAAAUUUUUGCAUUUAUUUAUGUAGGUCAAAUAGGGAAAUUGUUUUGUUGCCUUGAAAUCUAGCAAAGCUUUUUUAAGAACUGCUCGAGUCCCUUUUCUCCAGUAUGUUAAUAUUUCAUGGAAGACUUAGGCAAAUUUGGAAGUGGAUCGACCAUAUUGAAUUUUUAUUUAAAACUUUUUACUCCAUUAUAGACAAGGUAAUUAAUUUGGCAGUUUGGUUUCUGAAAGGAUAGCAUCCACACAUAUUAUACCAAAGUAAAUUCUGUAUUAUGUAAUAAAUGUAAUGAGAAUUUGAAAUUACAUCUGCUGGGAACAUUUCAGUUUGGUACUUCAAAUGUAUGUCUUCAUUUAAACUGGACUGGAAUAGUUCUAUAACAAAUAUAAAGAAAACUGAAAUCAGA